AGAAGAAACUUCGCGUUGUCCCCACGGAAAGCAUCUCCAACUCAUAUAUCUGGAAGAGCAUUGAAUCUGCUUCUGCAUGUUUUCAUUCAACUUUUGCAGCUUCUGAUUAACCUCUGAUUCAGGUUUCAGCUUGCAAAACCAUUACAAGGCUUUUUUUUUAGUAAAAAUGGCAUUGGCAGAAUCAACUCCAUUUACGUCUUUCGAUGAUGUUAAUGCUGCUGCUAGUGAGUUUGCUAGGGGAUUCAACCACGGUUACUACCACCCUUUGCACAUAGCAAUACUAAAAGGUGAUUGGAAAUCUACGAAGGCUUUUCUUGAUAAUGACCCAAGUGCAUUGACUGCAAAGGUCACCACACUUGGAAGAACUGCACUGCAUGUCGCAGCUGUAGGAGCUCAAUGGCAACUAGUUGAGAAAUUGGUGCAACACAUGCCACUACAAGUACUUUCUGAGCUGGACUUGAUGGGUUGUACUUGCCUUCACUAUGUUGCAAUGGGUGAAAGCAUAAAUGCUGCCAAGGCAUUGGUGGCUAAAAAUCCUUCUCUGACACAGCUUACUGACUUGAAAGGGUUCACACCACUUGUAUAUAGUAUUACCUCUGCUAGAUGUAAAGAAAUGGUGUGGUACCUUGUUUCGAAUACUACAGAUGAGAGACCUGGCUGUCCAUUUUCUGGUCCUUCUGCUACUCAACUUGUUGCUUUGCUUACUGCUGCAGGAUUCCAUGAUAUCACUAUGUAUCUUCUCCAGCGCUACCCAAACUUGGCCAUUCUUUCAGAUUCAAAUGGUAGCAUUAUUCUAAAUGUUUUGUCAAAAAUGCCCUCAGACUUCCAAAGUGGAAAUAAGCUUGGGCAUUGGAAAAGAUGCAUUUACCACUGUGCUCCAGUGGAACUUGAUUAUUUACCACCAAGCCGUCAGCAAUCUUAUUUCGGAGUUACAAUAUGGAAUGCAGUUCAGAAUCUUGUUCCCAGCAUUAAGCUAGCUAGAGAGGCAAAGUUGAGACACCUAUCUGCUGUGAGCUUGGUGGAAUUCGUUUGCUCACAAGUAUCAACCGUGAACAAUUCUGAAUUCUGGCAGUCUUUUGUGAGUGCGGACAUUAUUUUCAAUGCCACAUCAUCUGGCAUAGUUGAAAUGUUAAGAAUUUGUUUCCAGUUUUUUCCUGAUUUGGUUUGGACUCGCUUGCCAAAUGAAGGAUUUGUAGCUCAAAUUGCCAUCCAUAAUCGGCAAGAAAAGGUUUUUAGUCUUCUUUGUAAGAUGCCUAUAAUUUGCAAGUUUUUAAUGUUGGCAUUAGAUGAAUCACAGAACACCACAUCACAUAUAGCAGCAAGGUUUUCUUCUUCUCAACUAGCAUCAAUUUCUGGUGCAGCAUUUCAAAUGCAAAAGGAGUUACAGUGGUUUAAGGAAGUAGAGAAAUGGGAUCACCCUCUUCAUAAAGAACUUAAAAACCAAGAUGGACAAACACCUUGGCAAUUGUUCAGGGAAGAGCACAAGGCUUUGCUUGAAGAAGCAAAGAAUUGGAUGAAGGACACAUCAAACUCUUGUAUGUUAGUGGCAACUCUUAUUGCUACAGUUGUCUUUGCUGCUUGUAUCACUGUACCUGGAGGAAACAACCAAGAGAAAGGGUUUCCAAUAUACUUGUCAGAUCGCACAUUCAGAGUGUUUGUUGUGUCAGAUGCAUUAGCCUUGUUUUCCUCCAUGGCUUCUCUUUUAAUGUUUUUAUCAAUCCUAACUGCACAUUAUGGUGAAGAAGAUUUUCUCAGGAGACUACCUGAGAGAAUAAUAUUGGGUCUGGCUUCUUUGUUCUUUUCUAUAGUAACUACAAUGAUUGCAUUUGGUGCAGCUCUAGAUUUGUUGGUAAGGGAUAAACUAAAAUGGGCGUCAAUUCCAAUUGCCCUUCUGGCUUGUAUCCCAGUUGCUCUAUUUAUAAGGCUUCAACUUCCCUUGUUCAUACAAAUGAUCAUAUCAACUUAUGGUUCUCGCAUAUAUCACUCUCAAAGCGUUUGGUAAGGCUUUUGUGCUGUUCCAGCAUAUGAAAAACAAUUUGAAAGCAUGGAAACCAAAAUCAAUAUAACAGGGUCAACGAGGUUGACUCAAUUGACAGGAUCAGGUGCAUUGGUUUUGGUUGUGGAUAAGCCUAUGUUGUCUCCUAAUUUUUUCUUCUUAUUUUGUAUGAAACUUUGGGUGACUUCUAUAUGUUUGGCAGCUAGAGAAGCAUAUGUCUCAUCAGCUUUGGAAUUUGUUAUUCUUUAGUGUGAUAUAAUUUGGAGUUGAAGUACAGUGAAAAAUAGAUUGUGGCUUGUAUUUACUAAUUUACAGAUAAAAUCCUUUGAAGAGCUAAUAUUGUCUCACUAACGCUUGGAGAACCAGAACCGAUUUGAAAGUUUCUCAGUUUAUUUUACAUGUCAAGAAGAGUGAGUUUCAUUUGGUAUGUCUCUUGAUACUUUUUGAUGAUGAGAAUAUCGAUGAACAAGACAUGUACUGGGUUUGAAAAUUGUACUAUAACUACUGUAAUUUGUUAGAUCAUAAAAUACUUACUAGGCCGCAAAAACUAAUGUAAUUUAUAACGUAUGUUACAUGCACAAACAUUUUCUCACAGAAAGGUCAGAUUUUAAAUCUUCAUUCUCCCAAUGUUUACUUUUAAUCUUAUAGCUUUAAAUUUCCAAUGCAUUCAAGGUUUUGUAUAUGUGUGACUCCUUCGGCACAUUUAACAUUUUUCAAUACUUAAUCCCAAGUCUACUUUGUUUGCAGAUCAGCACAUCCGCAAAUAGACGUACUUUCCCUGUUUCACUUGCCAGCUCGCUGCCCUACAGAUUGAAAAUUAAUUCGCUGUUUUAAAUAAAAAUACAUAUUUUAAUAAAAACGUAUGAUUCAAGUUAAUUCAAACUCACAUCUCAAUCAUAUUUAAUGAUUCAAAAUAAAUUUAGUUAACGUUAAACCAAACUAGGUUAGCCCUGUGAUCCACCAGCUAAUCUAAAAUCCCAAAACCACGUUUCCAAUUAAUGGUUUAUAUUUUACCGAACAAAUUAAUUUAACACAGAAAUUCGUUUUAUUUACACUACGGUCUCUGAAUUCCAAAAUGUAAACUAGUUUGUUGAAUUUAAAAGACACACGUCUACUAGUCCUUGAACACAAGGUUUAGAAACCAAAAGAACUACACAUUUUAUUUAAGAACUCAUUGGACAAACAAAUUUACAAACUAAACUGCAAAUGAAAAUAAUUCAAUAAUUUUCCCUUUAAAUAUAUCUGCUCUGUGAAAUAACACCCUCGACCUUAUUAUAUGCUUAGGAUCUUGCUUAUUCUGGCCAUCAAUCAUGGUUCUGAAGCUACUUCGGCAGUUCAACAACUGUCAGGUACAAGCAAAUGCGUUCCAAGAUAUGCAUGAUUAAGUACAUGCUUGGUUUGACAUUUAUAUUGGUUGAACUCACGUUUAAUUGGAGAAAAAGUGUAGUUAUGGACGGGCUUUCCAUGCCUAUAAACCGAAAAUCUAGACAUUCUAUGAUGUAUAAACAAAAUUAAUGGGUCAACAAAAUGAAAAACAGAUAGACAUCAAAUUCAGGAUAACACCAAGGUACUAAAAUCAAAUGCACUAUAAAGUUGUAAUGGUAGAAGUAAUUAAUUUUAACAGAACUCACUAUAAUUAAACAAUACAUGUUUCGGGCUAUAUUUUACACCCAUAUACCCCUCCCUCCCU